AUGCAUUCCAGCUCUCUGACGGUAUCUCGGUUCUCCAAUCUUUCCGACCACCACCAUCUCCACCGUGGCAGCUGCAUUCGCCACCCUCCCUCCCAUUCUCCACCACCGCCACCUUCUCAUCUACCAAAGACCCAAAUCCUACGCCUCCGUCGCAAUUUCCAAAUCUCCGCCAUAGACACCGCUCAACCCUUCGACAACGAUUCCAAAAUGUCCGACCACAUCGCCAAAUCCAAACCACUUAAAAUCGCCGUUGUAGGGUUCGGCAACUUUGGCCAGUUCCUUGCGAAAUCCCUAGCUCGUCAAGGCCACACCGUCCUUGCACACUCCCGCACCGAUUACUCCGCGGUGGCAGCGGAACUCGGCGUCUACUUUUACUCUAACGCCGACGACCUCUGCGAAGAACACCCCGAGGUAAUCCUCCUUUGUACAUCAAUCCUUUCAACCGAUAAAGUACUCCGAUCAUUACCAUUACAAAGAUUGAAACGAAGCACGUUAUUCGUAGAUGUUUUAUCCGUUAAAGAAUUCGCUAAAGAUUUGUUCUUGCAAAUAUUGCCACCACAUUUCGAUAUUUUAUGUACCCAUCCAAUGUUUGGGCCUGAAAGUGGUAAACACAGUUGGAAAGAUCUUCCAUUUGUGUAUGAUAAAGUUAGAAUCGGUCAUGAUGAAGCUAGGGUUUCACGUUGCCAAAGGUUUCUUGAUUCUUUUGCAAAAGAAGGGUGUAUAAUGAUGGAAAUGGGAUGUGCUGAACAUGAUCAGCAUGCAGCUGAGUCUCAAUUCAUAACCCAUACAGUUGGGAGGAUCUUGGAGAAGUUGGAUUUGUAUAGUACUCCAAUUAACACUAAAGGGUAUGAGAAAUUGUUGGAUUUGGUGGAUAAUACAUCAAGUGAUAGUUUUGAGUUGUAUUAUGGGUUGUUUAUGUACAAUAAGAAUGCAAUGGAGCAGUUGGAAAGGUUGGAUUUGGCUUUUGAAUGGUUGAAGAAAGAGUUGUUUGGUCAUUUGCACGAGGUUUUGAGGAAUCAAUCGUUUGGUUUGGGAGGUCGGCAUUUGGGCUUUUCACAUGAAGCACCAGUCUUGUCGAAGUUGCCUCGUAAUGGGAAUGGGAAUAAGUUGUCUCUUAACAGGAAUGGGAAUGGGAAUGGGUUGUCUCUUAACGGGAAUGGAAAUGGGAAUAGGAAUGAGAAUAAGUUGUCUUUUAAAGGGCAUGAGAAUGUAAAUGGGCUUUCUCUUAACAAGAAUAGGAAUGAGAAUGGGUUGUCUCUUAACGGGAAUGGAAAUGGGAGUAAGUUGUCCCUUAACGGAAACGGGAAUGAGAGUAAACUGUCUUUUAACAGGAAUGAGAAUGGAAAUAAAAAUAAGUUAUCUUUUAACGAAAAUGAGAAUGAGAAUGACAAUAAGUUGUAUCCUAACAGGAAUCAAAAUGAUAAUGGGAAAGGAAAUAAGGUGCCUCCUAAUGGGAAUGAGAAUGAGAAUGGGAAUGGGAAUGGAAUGUUGCAUCUUAAUGGGAAUGGGAAUGGGAAAACACUGGCAUUGCGAUCUUAA